GGCGGGGCGAAGCCUGGAGUGUAUGGGCUGUCGGGAGGUAUUGACCACGUGAGGAGGAGGUCACGUGACAGAGACAACCGAUCCACUGAACCUGAGAGUAGCUGACGUUCUGCCUGACAUCUCCAUGUCUUACUAAUAUAUGAAACAUGUCUGAAGAUACUCAGAGAAAUUUCCGUUCUGUGUACUAUGAGAAAGUUGGAUUUCGUGGUGUGGAAGAGAAGAAAUCCCUUGAAAUCUUGCUGAAGGAUGACCGGUGGGAUAUUGAGAAGCUUUGUACCUUCUGCCAGAGGUUCCCGCUCCCAUCCAUGUACCGAAUACUUGUAUGGAAAGUGCUUCUUGGAAUCCUACCUCCCCACCAGGAGACUCAUCCUGAGGUGAUGGUCCACAGGAGGCAGCAGUAUGAUGAUGUGCACCAUGCUCUGGAGGUGAUACGGCUCAUCCAUGAAUCCACCCCCAAGACUGAAGUGUUCCUCUACAUGUAUAAGUUGGAGACAGGGAAUCUGUCUAGAAGUCAGAAGUACACUUUGGAACCGCAGGAUGAGUUAUUCUUGGCCGUAGCCGACACAAUGGAGGAGAUGGUUGAUGACGACGUGGAUUGUUAUUGGCUUGCCAAGAACUUUGUGCAUCAAUUAGACACCAAGUUUAAAGAUUUACAGCAGCAGCUGCAGAAGGGAUUUGAGCAUUACCUGAAUAUAGAAGAUAGCAGACUUUUGACACACCUGAAGACCUGCAGCGCUCUGGACAAACUCCCAUAUAACUUGUGGUUUAGGAGAUGCUUUGCUGGUUGCUUGCCGCCAUCCAGCUUACAAAGGGUAUGGGACAAACUGGUGAGUGGAUCCUGCAAGAUUCUUCUAUUUCUUGCUAUAGAGAUCCUGCUGACAUUCAAGAUGAAAGUGAUGGCCCUUAAUAAUACUGAGAGUAUUAAUGCGUUUCUGGAAAAGAUUCCUGAGGACAACACAGACCCUAUAGUUAACAAAGCAAUAGAUUUGUGGCAUAAGCACUGCGGAAUACCCGCCCAUUCAUUGUGAUGAUGCACGCCUUCCGUAAAUGGAACUGGUUUUGUCUGUCUUUCUAUUUAUUUACCUGUACAUUUAUGUUUGUAGAUUUUUUUCAAUACAAGAACUUUUGACUGUA